CCUGAUGGUCCCCCACAAGAUGUGCAGCUUGAAGCUUUCUCCUCUCAAAGCAUCAAAGUCUCCUGGAGGGUAAGAAACAUUUAACCUACUAUUACCACUAGGACUGAAGAGCCCUUACUGCAGCUCUAUGGUCUGCUAGUUACAUGGUCUGCUACACGUCAGGGCCUUGAGGGCCACAACCAUUCUUAUGUCCUUUAUCUAAUGUGCGUUCCCCUCUCCUCCUUCUUCACUCCCCCUCUCCAUCCUCCCCCAGGCCCCUAAGAAGCACCUCCAGAACGGGGCGAUCCGAGGCUACCAGGUGGGCUACAGGGAGUUCAGCGCCGGGGGAAACUACCAGUUCAACGUCAUCACCAUGGAGACGACGGGGGACAACGACCACAGUGAGAGCAUCACCCUGGACAACCUGAAGAAGUUCACCCAGUAUGGGGUGGUGGUGCAGGCCAGCAACAGCGCUGGGACAGGACCUUCCUCCCAGGAGGUCAUCUCUACCACACUGGAGGAUGGUGAGGACACACACACACACACACACACACACAGUCUGCCCUUAGCAAUCAGUGAUAGUAUGGUAGACAGUGAAAAUCUUAUUGAUUUCACAAAUCUCUUUAGCUGAAUGAAGGUAUUCUACGGUAUUGUGGUGCAUCAAGAGUCAAAUGGCUGAUGUUUUGUCUUUGAGGGGAGUGAACUCCCAGGAUGGAGCUUUAUUGACAUCUAGUGGAUAGUGUUGGUACUGCUGGUGUAGUGACUCACGUGAUCAGUAUGUGGCUGGUCAUUAUUUUCAUGGCUCAAAAAACCCUGACAAAUGCUAGAUCCCAAAACACUUAUGUUUUUAAGUUAAAAUAAGCAUUUUGAAGUUCACUUCCAUUGUCCUCCAAGAGUAGCUCAAUAUUUUCCUCUCUAAAGAGAGUGAGGUAACAGUGUUGUUUUUCCUCCUCCCUGGUUGUAACAGUUCCCAGCCAACCUCCAGAAAACGUCCAGGCCACGGCGGCAUCCCCAGAGGUCAUCUCUCUGUCCUGGCUGACCCCUCCUAAAGACGCCCUCAACGGCAUCCUGCUCGGCUUCAGAGUCAUCUACUGGGCCAACCUGCCGGACGGAGGUACAGCAACACACAGUAUAAACAAUAAUAAUAUGGCAUUUAGCAGACGCUUUUAUCCAAAGCGACUUACAGUCAUGCGUGCAUACAUUUUUGUGUAUGGGUGGUCCCGGGGAUCGAACCCACUACCCUGGCAUUACAAGCGCCGUGCUCUACCAGCUGAGCUACAGAGGACCACUACACACACACACACACACACACACACACACACACACACACACACACACACACACACACACACACACACACACACACACACACACACACACACACACACACACACACACACACACACACACACACACACACACACACACACACACACACACACACACACACACACACACACACACACACACACACACACACACACACACACACACACACCACACACACACACACACACACACACACACACACACACACACACACACACACACACACACACACACACACACACACACACACAGAGGGAUGUAGACGUUAUACUCUAUCUUGCCUGGUCCGUAACUCUCCAAGACAUACUGUGUAUAGAAUGUAUACAAUAUCAACAUGAUUCACUAUGCAUGAUAAUUCAAGUGGAUGAAUGAGACAUAUAUUAGCAGUGACCCAGGCUUUCUAGUCCAACUCAGACAGCCUGGCAUGGCAUGCAGUCGUUACGUGCUGGAGAGACAUCAGAGUGAUCGCUUCUGACAGCCCUGUUACCUUUGACCCCUCAUCUGUCAUAUCACAUCCUCGCUGAUGGCCCCUGAAUGCACCAAUAGAAGCACCGCUCACAGCCUAACAGCUCAAUCUAGUUUGCAUAGUAACAGGGCAUGUCAUAGUGGGACACGCUCCAGAGUACCAACAAUACUACAGCCAUAGCCAUGUGUUACAUAUAUUCUAUACAUAUUGAUAUCGUAUGUAACAUUGAAUAUGAAUACAGAUCAUAUUCAUUUAAAUUAAAGAGGUCACUCAUUAUGUGUGAAAGAAAAUCAUAUUUAUGUAUUUAUUGUCUAAGACACUUGUCUAAACCAUCAGCCAGUGCCUGCUGUGCUCUUCAUAUAUUCCAAAUAUGAGCAAUAUAAAUGUUGUUGGGAAAGUAUCAUGGGUUGUUAAAACCUUAUGCACCAGCAGACGGGGCUAUAGCACCUUUUUCUAAGUUGGUGGAACAACUUUGUCUUAUUCAUCCAACACUGCUGUUCUAAACAUUUGGCACCAACCCGUUACUGCAGUAAUCAAACUCAGCACUCUGUUAUUCCACUCAAAACAAUGUUUUCAUUUAUUAUUUGCAUUCAAGCACUCAUCAAUGGUAUAUAUUUAUCCCCCAUUUCAUGAGUCAGAAUAGUGAUUACAACUAUUGUAAACCACAGCUGGUUUUCAAUAUGUAUACAGCAUAUAUUUUACUAUACAUUUCCAAAUCACAGUAUUCUGACUCAUAAACCUUUCACUCACUUUUAUAUCCCAGAGAAGUGUUCUGAACAGCCCACAACACAACCAUAAAGGAUGGAGCUAUAGAGCCACAUAUGAACAGAUUCCAGCUAGUGUAGAACACCUGAGCUGUUCAUAUGCUAUGGCUGCUUUGGGACAGUUUGGCGUUUGAAUGGCAUCAAUAAAGGGAGGGAGGGAGAGAGGAGGAGGAACACCUGUACUAACAGGGAGGAUGGAGCAUUAGCAGACUGGCUCACAUCCAGACUGCAGUAGAGGAGGGAAAGAGCGAGAGGGAAUGGAGAGAAGACAGGGGAUAGAGAAGGGAGGGGAGAGAAAGAGGGAAGUGAGAGAAAGAGAGAAAGAGGAGAGCGAGGGAGAGACAUCUAUAAUUCAACACUUAGAGAAGCAUUGUCAGAGUCAAGGAGAGACACCCCAGAACAGACCUUGGAUGGGCUUUUCAAUCCCGGAUUUGUGUCCAUGGUUUGAUUGAAUAAGGUGUUAAGUAUGUUCACUGCUAUGACAUCCUUGGCCAUCUUAAUUGUGUAUGUGAUAUACUAUACAAGUAUAUCACAUACAAAGUGAUAGACAUGGAAUGGCCUCCCCUCCUCCCUGAAAGCUUUAGGCAGCCUCCAAGCCUUCUCAUCCGAGAAAAAAACAUGUGUCAAGUCCAAUCAAAAGUGUUCAUACUGAUUUUAAUCAAAUAAACCACAGUGACUUUUUAAUGCAACAGAAAACACACUAGAACACACACGUGUAUUCAAAUAAAUUACAAUCAAAUUGUAUUUGUCACAUACAGGUGUUUAGCAGAUGUUAUUGCGGUUGUAGCGAAAUGCUUGUGCUUCUAGCUCCGACAGUGCAGUAAUAUCUAACAAGUAAUAUCUAACAAUUUCACAACAUAUACCCAAUACACACAAAUCUAAGUAAGGAAUGGAAUUAAGAAUAUAUACAUAUAUGGACAAGCAAUGACAGAGCGGCAUGGACUAACAUACAGUAGAAUAUUAUAGAAUACAGUAUAUACAUAUGAGAUGAGUAAUGCAAGAUAUGUAAACAUUAUUAAAGUGACUAGUGUUCCAUUUCUUAAAGUGGCCAGUGAUUUCAAUAGGCAGCAGCAGCCUCUAAUGUGCUGCUAGUGAUGGCUAUUUAACAGUCUGAUGGCCUUGAGAUAGAAUCUGUUUUUCAUUCUCUCGGUCCAAGCUUUGAUGCACCUGUACUGACCUCGCCUUCUGGAUGAUAGCGGGGUGAACAGGCAGUGGCUCGGGUGGUUGAUGUCCUUUAUGAUCUUUUUGGCCUUCCUGUGACAUCGGGUGCUGAAGGUAUCCUGGAGGGCGGGUAGUUUGCCCCCGGUAAUGUGUUCUGCAGACCAGACCACCCUCUGUAGAGUCCUGCGGUUGCGGGCGGUGCAGUUGCCAUACCAGGCGGUGAUACAGCCCACAGGAUGCUCUCAAUUGUGCAUCUGUAAAAGUUUGUGAGGGUUUUAGGUGCCAAGCCAAAUUUAUUCAGCCUCCUGAGGUUGAAGAGGCUCUGUUGCGCCUUCUUCACCACACUGUCUGCGUGGGUGGACCAUUUCAGUUUGUCAGUGAUGUGUAUGCCAAGGAACUUGAAGCUUUCCACCUUCUCCACUGCGGUCCCGUCGAUGUGGAUAGGGGGGUGCACCCUCUGCUGUUUCCUCAAGUCCAUGAUCAUCUCCUUUGUUUUGUUGACGUUGAGUGAGAGGUUAUUUUCCUGGCACCACACUCCCAGAGCCCUCACCUCCUCCCUGUAGGCUGUCUCGUCCUUGUUGGUAAUCAAGCCUACUACUGUUGUGUCGUCUGCAAACUUGAUGAUUGAGUUAGAGGCGUGCUUGGCCAUGCAGUAAUGGGUGAACAGGGAGUACAGGAGGGGGCAGAGCACGCACCCUUGUGGGUCCCCAGUGUUGAGGAUCAGCGAAGUGGAGAUGUUGUUUCCUACCUUCUCCACCUGGGGGGCGGCCCAUCAGGAAGUCCAGGACCCAGUUGCACAGGUCGGGGUUCAGACCCAGGGCCUCAAGCUUAAUGAUGAGCUUGGAGGGUACUAUGGUGUUGAAUGCUGAGCUAUAGUCAAUGAACAGCAUUUUUACAUAGUUAUUCCUCUUGUCCAGAUGGGACACUGCCUCAUUGCCUGCGUCCGUAAUGGGUCCGCGAUCAAACAACCACCCCUCAUCACUGUCAAACGCUCCCUAAAACACUUCAGCGAGCAGGCCUUUCUAAUUGACCUGGCCCGGGUAUUCUGGAUGGAUAUCGACCUCAUUCCGUCAGUAGAGGAUGCCUGGAUGUUCUUCAAAAGUGCUUUCCUCUCCAUCUUAAAUAAGCAUGCCCCAUUCAAAAAAUUCAGAACUAAGAACAGAUAUAGCCCCUGGUUCACACCAGACUUUACUGCCCUUGACUAGCACAAAAACAUCCUGUGGCGUACUGCAUUAACAUCGAACAGCCCCCGCCAUAUGCAGCUUUUCAGGGAAGUCAGGAACCAAUAUACACAAUCAGUUAGGAAAGCAAAGGCUAGCUUUUUCAAACAGAAAUUUGCAUCCUGUAGCACUAACUCCAAAAAGUUUUGGGACACUGUAAAGUCCAUGGAGAAUAAGAGUACCUCCUCCCAGCUACCCACUGCACUGAGGCUAGGAAACACUGUCACCACCGAUAAAUCUACGAUAAUCGAGAAUUUCAAUAAGCAUUUUGCUACGGCUGGCCAUGCUUUCCACCUGGCUACCCCUUCCCCGGCCACCAACACUGCACCCUCCGCUGCAACUUGACCAUGUCCCCCCCCCCCCCCCCCGGCUUCUCCUUCACCCAAAAUCAGAUAGCUGGUGUCCUGAAAGAGCUGCUAAAUCUGGACCCCUACAAAUCAGCUAGGCUAGACAAUCUGGACCCUUUCUUUCUAAAAUUAGCCGCCGAAAUUGUCGCAACCCCUAUUACUAGCCUGUUCAACCUCUCUUUCGUAUCGUCUGAGAUCCCCAGAGAUUGGAAUGCUGCUGCGGUCAUUCCACUCUUCAAAGGGGGUGACACUCUAGAUCCAAACUGUUACAGACCUAUAUCCAUCCUGCCCUGCCUUUCGAAAGUAUUUGAAAGCCAAGUUAACAAACAGAUCACCGACCAUUUCGAAUCCCACCGUACCUUUCUCCGCUAUGCAAUCUGGUUUCUGAGCCAGCCACGCUCAAGGUCCUAAACCAUAUAAUAACCGUGAUCGAUAAAAGACAGUACUGUGCAGCCGUCUUCAUUGAUCUGGCCAAGGCUUUUGACUCUGUCAAUCACCACAUUCUUAUUGGCAGACUAAAUAGCCUUGGUUUCUCAAAUGACUGCCUCGCCUGGUUCACCAACUACUUCUCAGAUAGAGUUCAAUGUGUCAAAUCGGAGGGCCUGUUGUCUGGACCUCUGGCAGUCUCAAUGGGGGUGCCACAGGGUUCAAUUCUCGGGCCGACUCUGUUCUCUGUGUAUAUCAAUGAUGUCGCUCUUGUUGCUGGUGACUCUCAGAUUCACCUCUACGCAGACGACACCAUUUUGUAUACAUCUGGCCCUUCAUUGGACACUGUGUUAACAAACCUCCAAACGAGCUUCAAUGUCAUACAACCCUCCUUCCGUGGGCUCUAAUUGCUCUUAAACGAUAGUAAAACUAAAUGCAUGCUCUUCAAUCGAACGCUGCUUGCACCCGCCCGCCCGACUAGAAUCACUACUCUCGGCGGGUCUGACUUAGAAUAUGUGGACCAUAAACUCUCCUUCCAGACUCACAUUAAGCAUCUCCAAUCCAAAGUUAAAUCUAGAAUCGGCUUCCUAUUUCACAACAAAGCCUCCUUCAUUCAUGCUGCUAAACAUGCCCUCGUAAAACUGACUAUUCUACCGAUCCUUGACUUCGGCGAUGUAAUUUACAAAAUAGCUUCCAACACUCUACUCAGCAAAUUGGAUGUAGUCUAUCACAGUGCCAUCCGUUUUGUCACCAUAGCCCCAUAUACUACCCACCAUUGUGACCUGUACGCUCUCGUUUGCUGGCCCUCACUACAUAUUCGUCGCCAAACCCACUGGCUCCAGGUCAUCUAUAAAUCACUUCUAGGCAAAUCCCCGCCUUAUCUUAGAUCAUUGGUCACCAUAGCAACACCCACCCGUAGUAUGCGUUCCAGCAGGUAUAUCUCACUGGUCAUCCCCAAAGCCAACACCUCCUUUGGCCGCCAUUCCUUCCAGUUCUCUGCUGCAAAUGACUGGAACGAACUGCAAAAAUCUCUGAAGCUGGAGACACUCUCCCUCACUAACUUUAAGCAUCAGUUGUCAGAGCAGCUUACCGAUCACUGCACCUGUACACAGCCCGUCUGUAAUUAGCCCACCCAACUACCUCAUCCCCAUAUUGUUAUUUACAUUAUUUAUUUUGCUCAUUUGCACCCCAGUAUCUCUAUUUGCACAUCAUCUUCUGCACAUCUAUCACUCCAGUGUUAAUACUAAAUUGUAAUUAUUUUGCACUAUGGCCUAUUUAUUGCCUUACCUCCAUAACUUACUACAUUUGCACACACUGUAUAUAGAUUUUCUAUUGUGUUAUUGACUGUACGUUUUGUUUAUUCCAUAUGUAACUCUGUGUUGUUGUUGUUUUUUCCGCACUGCUUUGCUUUAUCUUGGCCAUGUCGCAGUUGUAAAUGAGAACUUGUUCUCAACUGGCUUACCUGGUUAAAUAAAGGUUAAAUAAAUAACACAUUAAAAUGGGAUAGGGCAGUGUGCAGUGUGAUGGCGAAUGCAUCGUCUGUGGAUCUAUUGGGGCGGUAAGCAAAUUGAAGUGGGUCUAGGGUGACGGGUAAGGUCCUCGACUCUCAAAGCACUUCAUGAUGACAGAGGUGAGUGCUAUGGGGCAAUAGUCAUUUAGUUCAGUUACCGUUGCUUUCUUGGGUACAGGAACAAUGGUGGCCAUCUUGAAGCAUGUGGGGACAGUAGACUGGGAUAGGGAGAGAUUGAAUAUGUCCGUAAACACACCAGCCAGCUGGUCUGCGCAUGCUCCGAGGACGCGGCUAGGGAUGCAAUAACUGGUGCAAUAACUGGGCUCUGUGCAAUAUUUUGUUUUUACUAGGUGUUUAUGUGUUUUACAACCCCAAUAUUUUCAGGUCCAGCAGCAUGUGCAAUGAUUUUUAUGUGUAAUGUCUUGCCUUUUUGUUUUGAAUAUGUCGGAUGUACAGUGGGGAAAAAAAGUAUUUAGUCAGCCACCAAUUGUGCAAGUUUUCCCACUUAAAAAGAUGAGAGAGGCCUGUAAUUUUCAUCAUAGGUACACGUCAACUAUGACAGACAAAUUGAGGAAAAAAAUUCCAGAAAAUCACAUUGUAGGAUUUGUAAUGAAUUUAUUUGCAAAUUAUGGUGGAAAAUAAGUAUUUGGUCACCUACAAACAAGCAAGAUUUCUGGCUCUCACAGACCUGUAACUUCUUCUUUAAGAGGCAUCUCUGUCCUCCACUCGUUACCUGUAUUAAUGGCACCUGUUUGAACUUGUUAUCUGUAUAAAAGACACCUGUCCACAACCUCAAACAGUCACACUCCAAACUCCACUAUGGCCAAUACCAAAGAGCUGUCAAAGGACACCAGAAACAAAAUUGUAGACCUGCACCAGGCUGGGAAGACUGAAUCUGUAAUAGGUAAGCAGCUUGGUUUGAAGAAAUCAACUGUGGGAGCAAUUAUUAGGAAAUGGAAGACAUACAAGACCACUGAUAAUCUCCCUCGAUCUGGGGCUCCACGCAAGAUCGCACCCCGUGGGUUCAAAAUGAUCACAAGAACGGUGAGCAAAAAUCCCAGAACCACACGGGUGGACCUAGUGAAUGACCUGCAGAGAGCUGGGACCAAAGUAACAAAGCCUACCAUCAGUAACACACUACGCCGCCAGGGACUCAAAUCCUGCAGUGCCAGAUGUGUCCCCCUGCUUAAGCCAGUACAUGUCCAGGCCCGUCUGAAGUUUGCUAGUGUGCAUUUGGAUGAUCCAGAAGAGGAUUGGGAGAAUGUGAUAUGGUCAGAUGAAACCAAAAUAGAAAUGUUUGGUAAAAACUCAACUCGUCGUGUUUGGAGGACAAAAAAUGCUGAGUUGCAUCCAAAGAACACCAUACCUACUGUGAAGCAUGGGGGUGGAAACAUCAUGCUUUGGGGCUGUUUUUCUGCAAAGGGACCAGGACGACUGAUCCGUGUAAAGGAAAGAAUGAAUGGGGCCAUGUAUCGUGAGCUUUUGAGUGAAAACUUCCUUCCAUCAGCAAGGGCAUUGAAGAUGAAACGUGGCAGUGUCUUUCAGCAUGACAAUGAUCCCAAACACACCGCCCGGGCAACGAAGGAGUGGCUUCGUAAGAAGCAUUUCAAGGUCCUGGAGUUGCCUAGCCAGUCUCCAGAUCUCAACCCCAUAGAAAAUCUUUGGAGGGAGUUGAAAGUCCGUGUUGCCCAGCGACAGCCCCAAAACAUCACUGCUCUAGAGGAGAUCUACAUGGAGGAAUGGGCCAAAAUACCAGCAACAGUGUGUGAAAACCUUGUGAAGGCUUACAGAAAACGUUUGACCUGUGUCAUUGCCAACAAAGGGUAUAUAACAAAGUAUUGAGAAACUUUUGUUAUUGACCAAAUACUUAUUUUCCACCAUAAUUUGCAAAUAAAUUCAUUAAAAAUCCUACAAUGUGAUUUUCUGGAUUUUUUUUUCUCAUUUUGUCUGUCAUAGUUGACGUGUACCUAUGAUGAAAAUUACAGGCCUCUCUCAUCUUUUUAAGUGGGAGAACUUGCACAAUUGGUGGCUGACUAAAUACUUUUUUUCCCCACUGUAUGUAUGUUGUCUGUUUGUAUAGAAUGUUUUCAUGUUUAAACUUUGCAGAUGUAAAUUAGCUGUUAGCUAAAUCUGGUGCAAUGCGUCACUUCUCACUUCUAAACCAUAUAUUUUGUUGUACUGUAACCACGUUUUAUGCGAAUAAAGUCAUACCGGAUUUUUAAAAGAAAUCACGAUAGCUGUGAUGGAAACAGGACGUUUCUGUACAAUUUUAUAAAUGCAGACAGAUCAUUUGUUUGAUCGACAUGGUGGGAUCUUUUUGUGUCUGUAAAAUUAAUUAUGUGAGAAAUUGCGGAGGAAACGCCUUUUUGUGCAAAUAUUGAUAUAACAACCAUCAUAUUGAAGUCAUUGUAGCCAAAGUAAUGGCCUGCAAAACAUUUUUAUACAUGGCCCUAAGCAUUAUGGGAUGUUAAUUGCUUAAUUAACUCAGGAAUCACACCUGUGUGGAAGCACCUGCUUUCAAUAUACUUUGUAUCCCUCAUUUACUCAAGUGUUUCCAUUAUUUUGGCAGUUACACGUAUAGAUUUACCUGUAGAGUAGAAGCAACUUUUCAUCUAAGUUAGUUAGUUUAUUCUGCAUUUGACAAGUACUGUAACUCAAGUAAGUUAGUUAAUUCUGCAUUUGACAACUCUUGAUAUCUUUGUUUUUCUUCCUUCCAUCUUCCCGGUCUCUUUUCCUUGAUACAUACUUUUCUUUCUCUGCCUUCCUCCACACCUUAUUUCCUCUCCUUGCUAUCUAUCCCCUCCUCUCCUUCUCUCUCUCAGAGCUGGGGGAGAUCCGUAACGUGACCACCUCUAAGCCGUCUCUUGAGCUGGAUGGUCUGGAGAAGUACACCAACUACAGCAUCCAGGUGCUGACCUUCACCCGGGCAGGGGACGGGGUGCGCAGCGAGCAGAUCUUCACCCGCACCAAGGAGGACGGUACGCACACCUGUAGACCAGGACACCUCAGGCACUGAUCUAGGAUCAGCUUACCCUCCCUAAAUUCUAACCUUAACUAGUAGGGGGAAGAUGCAAAGCUGACCUUAGAUCUGUGUGUAGGGGAAACUGCAUCAUACUAAAUUGGGGUCAACCUAGAGGUCAGGGGUCAACUUGCAGGUCAACUGUGCCUAGAUCCGCAUAUCCCCUCUUGCAUUAUGAAAGAGCGUUUUGCCAAGUAGAACAAUUUUGACAGGACUUUGGUGUGAAAUUAUAGAAAUAUGAGUUGACAAUCGGUGCAGAUGACUCACAUUAGUAAGUGAAAAACUGCAGCUCCUGCAUUUUGCAGAUCGCCAUGUAGCAUAAGAAGUUAAGGCACGCUCACUGGAAUUACUGAUUUUGACACUGGCAAAAUUAAAAUACAGAGUGGUUUCCUUAGAUGUUGCUCAAAACAAGGAUAAGGGUAAUAAUGUAUAUUUCCCUAUUUCACGGUUUUCCCUCACCAGUCCCUGGUCCUCCGGCUGGGGUGAAGGCAGCGGCGGCGUCUAACUCAGUGGUGUUUGUGUCGUGGCUCCCUCCUCUCAAACUCAACGGCAUCAUCAGGAAAUACACCGUCUUCUGCUCUAACCCACACCCCACGGUAAGGAGGGCAUAGAGUACAGGGUCUCAGAGUACAGUGAUGAAGGCAUGUCAGUGGUGGGCAUACAGUAAAUUUGAGGCCUAACAUAAUUGGAGGAGAGGGAGGCACCAGGUUCAGGGGCUAGACUAGAUAAGGUACUGCUGGCAUGAGAGGUCUUAUAAAGCAUCCCUCCAUCUCACAUUGUCAAGGUUGUGUCAUCAGUGUUCAGCUCCAAGGAUUGAUAGUUUGUUACGAACAUUUGCAAUAGGUCCUGUAUCUCUCUGCUAACAUCAUGCCGGUCUCUCCCCUCCUACAGGUGAGCAGUGAGUUUGAAGCAGCUCCAGACAUCUUCUUUUACCGUAUCCCCAACCUGAGCAGGAACCGUCAGUACAGCAUCUGGGUGGUGGCCGUCACCGCAGCUGGCCGCGGCAACGCCAGCGACAUCAUCACCGUCAAGCCCCUGGCCGAGGGUAGGUGGAGCUUAUGGUUUCACUUCUCAGUAUCCAGGAGCAGAUGAUAACAAAAGGUGUCUCAGUCUCUGAAUGUUUUUAGAACACACAAAAUAUGAUAUUUGAGUAGUUUUUUUUGUCAAAAACUUGAUCAGAGCAUCAGAAACAUUUAAAGGGGUACAACCCUGAGAAACUCUCCCUAUGAGGUACCUAACUAAGGUGAGAAAAGAAAAGAUGAGACUAUACUAUCCCCGCCCCCUAUCUCAGGAUGUGAAUGUGGAAAAAAACCGAAUGCGAAUAGGUCUGCUAUUCCACCCUGUCAGCACUGUGCUUCUUUGUGAGAGCUGAUAAGCUGAGGGUGAGCAGUGAUAGGCGGUGUAGUGGUUAGUCAGGAACUCUGCUUUAUCUGGACGUUCUCAUCCUGUUAGAGGCAGGGGUGAUGAAUGUAGUCCCCACUCUGGAGCUCCAGACCUGAUGUGUUUUAGAAAUCCGUCUGCUGCCCGACCAGCCUUGUCCCAAACAGAUCACUUUACAUCUGUACAAGCACAGAGAUGGGAUCUGCAUGUGUAGAGGAGGUGAAUUCAAUAGAGAUGGAUAAGGAACUAAUAUUGUAUACUGCUUUUAUAGAGCUUCCCUUGAAAGUAUUUGGGAUUGAGUUCUACUUUUGGGAGUAUUCCAUUACUUUUGUUGUACCAAGCAAACUAAAUCAAGUCAACCCAAGUAUUUAAAAGUAUUUGACCCAGUUGUGGUGGGUUUGUGUGUGUGCAGCUCCUGCUCAGAUCCUGACGUUCAACGGCACCGUGACCACACCCUGGAUGAGGGACAUCGUGUUGGCCUGUAAGGCGGUGGGCGACCCAGCCCCCACGGUCAAGUGGCUCAAGGAGACGUGAGUACAGGAAAGUCUGACCCACAGCUGAGGAAAGACAUCAUGCUGCAUGUAGGACAGACAGUAGCACUUAGUACAGACUGUGUUUUGAGUCACUUUUAAUUUAACUAAAUACCAGUGAAAAUACAGUGGCUCUUUGGAAUGCCAAUUUUCACUGAAGACCAUAUAAAUGUUUUUACAGUAUCCUUUCAUACUCAUGAGCAGAAUGUUAAAAAAUCAUAGUUGUUUACAUAUACAGCAUAUUCCUACACACAUAAAAGUAGUGUAACAUUAUCCAAGACUUUUCAAUGAUUUUCUCUGCUGUGUAUCUCACCGUAGUUCAUAGUCUGACUGUCUCUCGUACAUUUGUGAUUCAGCAAUGGAAGCCCCGCCCCUGCUAUGAUCGACAGUAGGCGCAUCGUCCAGGGCAACGGCAGCCUAGUCAUCCGCACAGUGAAAGCUGAGGAUUCUGGGAACUACACCUGUGUGGCUAGCAACAGUUUUGGGCCAGAUAAAAUCAUCCUCAACCUACAGGUUCAAGGUAAUCAGAAGGAGUCUGUGGUGGAACAGUACAGUAUACCAGUCCUCAAUUCAAACCAAUCCUCCAUUUAUUGAUGAUCAUAAAAUCAGAAAUGUGUUCACGGUAUGUAGUGAACUGAAAGGAUAUAAUCAUAUAUGCCCCUUGAGAUAGGACCUAAUUAAAAUCCAUGAUUUUACUUCUAGUUCCCCCAGACCAGCCUCGUCUUACCGUUACCAAGACGACCACCACGUCCAUCACUCUGUCCUGGAUACCAGGAGACAACGGAGGCAGCUCCAUCAGAGGUCAGACAUCAACACAGCAAGCAGCAACACUAACUAUUAUAGGAUAUUUUUUGUUUUACCUUGGAAAACAGGUUACUGUUAAAUAGUGUCCCCUAUGAGCAACACCAGAAUGGUUGUUUAGCAGACGACAGUGUAUCAUCCUAACCUCUCUCUCUCACAUCAGGCUACAUCUUGCAGUACUCAGAGGACAACAGUGAGCAGUGGGGCAACUUUGCCAUCAGCCCUAGUGAGCGUUCCUAUCGCCUGGAGAACCUGAAGUGUGGCACCUGGUACAAAUUCACACUGACGGCACAGAAUGCUGUGGGGCCAGGGCGAAUCAGUGAGAUCAUCGAAGCAAAGACUCAUGGGAAAGGUAGGGAGAUGGUGACAUCCUUUUACGUAUGUUUUUUAUGAAAUAGUGACUCCAUUGCUUUUACACAAUUAAUACAAAACUGAUACUUAUGAAAGGACCUCUCAUUAAAGUGUGUGUGUGGUCUGACUCCUCUCUCCCCAACAGAACCCCAGUACUCUAAAGAACAGGAGCUCUUCACCAGUAUCAACGCCACGCGUGUCAGGCUCAACCUGAUUGGCUGGAACAACGGCGGCUGUCCAAUCACAUCCUUCACGUUGGAGUACCGUUCGGUGGUGUCUCCCACGUGGACCACGGCCCAGCGCACCUCUCUGAUCAAGAGCUACAUCCUGUAUGACCUGGCCGAGGCCACCUGGUACGAAUUGCAGAUGAAGGUGUUCAACAGCGCCGGCUCAGCAGAGAAGAGGGUCAAGUUCGCCACACUCAGCUACGACGGCAGUGAGUUCACUUGUCUCUUCACUGAUGCUAUACAUACUGCAGCAACUGAUAAGUUGAAAGAUAUACACGCUUAGAUUGACUUAUUCAGGAUAUCUGAAUGAAGAUUGAAGAACUGUAGUUUAAAUUGCAUUUACCUCCCCAUCCCUUGAAAAUUGUCACAACUGAUCGAGUCUCCAUCAAAGACGUUAAUUUACCGGCGUAGGUACUAUACCUGCCUUAGAGCAGAAGUAAAUUAAUUCAUAUUUUGCUGUUUACUGGUGCUGCCAUUAAAGAAGCUGUCUCAUGCACGUCUCUCCCUGGGCCAGGCCUAACUGAUGAAUGGGGCAGUAAAGUACCUCCAAUAGAUUUUCUGCUGACUCCAGUGGCCGUGGCGGUUGUUGUGUCGGCUGCUGCUGUUUAUGUCGCCUCCAUCACGGCCCUAUCGAGCGCUCUGCGCUGCAUGAAUUAAAUCAUUCUGUGAUCUACUGACUGCAGAGGGGCUAGAGCGAGGCAACAGAUGAGCAAUCACCUGCCAGUGCCAACACCCCCCAGUCCCUUAGCGAUUCAAUGGUCUUACCCAACCCUAAACCUUACACACUCUCUCUCUCACACACACACACCGCCCCCAUCAUUCCAUCCCCCAGCCAUCCAGGAAGUAUAAAAGGGAAAAAGAGCUGACUAUUCAGCUAAGAAGGAAGAGUUCACCUCUUGUAAGUAGUGCUUCAGUCAACUGGGCAUUAUUGGCAAUUUGGCAGAAGGUCAGGUGCUGACUGCAGCCAGUGCAGUGCUGCAGCAGCUUGUUGGAGCAGAUUGAGUGGGAUUGCUGGGAAAGACAUUUCGAUUGGGAUGUAAGCCGCAGACGCACUAUUACCUUUUGCCAGGCACUUGCUGCAUGUUUUAAACAUUAACACAAAGGUUAUUUAGUAUUAAUCGACAGACCCUGUAAAGACUUAAUAGACACUGAGCAUACAAAACGUUAAGUACACCUUCCUAAUAUUGAGUUUCACUCCCCCCCAUGUUGGCUCCAAUGUUUCCCACAGUUGUGUCAAGUUGGCUGGAUGUGUUUUGGUUGGUGGACCAUUCUUGAUACACAUGGGAAACUGUUGAGCGUGAAAAACCCAGCAGCUUUGCAGUUUUUGACACAAACUGGUGCGCCUGACACCUACUACCAUACCCCAUUCAUAGGCACUUUAAUCUUUUGUCUUGCCCAUUCACCCUCUGAAUGGCACACAUUGUCUCAUCCAUUUCUCAAUUGUCUCAAGGCUUAAAAAUCCUUAUUUAACCUGUGGAUUUAACAAGUGACAUCAAUAAGGGAUCAUAGCUUUAAACUUGGAUACUUCAAAUAAAAUAAAAUGUAUUUGUCACAUGCGCCGAAUACAACAGGUGUAGACCUUACCGUGAAAUGCUUACUUACAAGCCCUUAACCAACAAUGCAGUUUUAAGAAAAUAGAGUUAAGAAAAUAUUUACUAAAUAAACGAAAGUACAAAAAUUAAAACUAACACAAAAUAACAAUAAUGAGGCUACAGUUGAAGUUGGAAGUUUACAUACACCUUAGCCAAAUACAUUUAAACUCAGUUUCACAAUUCCUGACAUUUAAUCCUAGUAAAAAUUCCCUGUCUUAGGUCAGUUAGGAUCACCACUUUAUUUUAAGAAUGUGAAAUUUCAGAAUAAUAGUAGAGAGAAUGAUUUAUUUCAGCUUUAAUUUCUUUCAUCACAUUCCAAGUAAGUCAGAAGUUUACAUACACUCAAUUAGUAUUUGGUAGCAUUGCCUUUAAAUUGUUUAACUUGGGUCAAAUGUUUCGGGUAGCCUUCCACAAGCUUCCCACAAUAAGUUGGGUGAAUUUUGGCCCAUUCCUCCUGACAGAGCUGGUGUAACUGAGUCAGGUUUGUAGGCCUCCUUGCUCGCACACACUUUUUCAGUUCUGCCCACAAAUCUUCUAUAGGAUUGAGGUCAGGGCUUUGUGAUGGCCACUCCAAUACCUUGACUUUGUUGUCCUUAAGCCAUUUUGCCUCAACUUUGGAAGUAUGCUUGGGGUUAUUCUCCAUUUGGAAGACCCAUUUGCGACCAAGCUUUAACUUCCUGACUGAUGUCUUGAGAUGUUGCUUCAAUAUAUCCACAUAAUUUUCCUUCCUCAUGAUGCCAUCUAUUUUGUGAAGUGCACCAGUCCCUCCUGCAGCAAAGCACCCCCACAGCAUGAUGCUGCCCCCCCCUGCUUCACGGUUGGGAUGGUGUUCUUCGGCUUGCAAGCUACCCCGUUUUUCCUCCAAACAUAACGAUGGACAUUAUGGCCAAACAGUUUGAUUUUUGUUUCAUCAGGCCAGAGGACAUUUCUCCAAAAAGUACGAUCUUUGUCCCCAUGUGCAGUUGCAAACCGUAGUCUGGCUUUUUUAUGGCGGUUUUGGAGCAGUGGCUUCUUCCUUGCUGAGGGGCCUUUCAGGUUAUGUCGAUAUAGGACUCGUUUUACUGUGGAUAUAGAUACUUUUGUACCUGUUUCCUCCAGCAUCUUCACAAGGUCCUUUGCUGUUGUUCUGGGAUUGAUUUGCACUUUUCGCACCAAAGUACGUUCAUCUCUAGGAGACAGAACGCGUCUCCUUCCUGAGCGGUAUGAUUGCUGUGUGGUCCCAUGGUGUUUAUACUUGCGUACUAUUGUUUGUACAGAUGAACGUGGUACCUUCAGGCGUUUGGAUGAAACAGACUUGUGGAGGUCUACCAUUUUUUUUUCUGAGGUCUUGGCUGAUUUCUUUUGAUUUUCCCAUGAUGUCAAGCAAAGAGGCACUGAGUUUGAAGGUAGGCCUUGAAAUACAUCCACAGGUACACCUCCAAUUGACUCAAAUGAUGUCAAUUAGCCUAUCAGAAGCUUCUAAAGCUUCUACACAUCAUUUUCUGGAAUUUUCCAAGCUGUUUAAAGGCACAGUAAACUUAGUGUAUGUAAACGUCUGACCCACUGGAAUUGUGAUACAGUGAAAUAAUCUGUCUGUCCAACAAUUGUUGGAAAGAUUACUUGUGGCAUGCACAAAGUAGAUGUCCUAACCGACUUGCCAAAACUAUAGUUUGUUAACAAGAAAUUUGUUGAGUGGUUGAAAAACAAGUUUUAAUGACUCCAACCUAACUUCCGACUUCAACAGUAUAUACAGGGGGUACCGGUACCGAGUCAAUGUGCGGGGUUACAGGUUAGUCAAGGUAAUUUGUACAUGUAGGUAGGGGUAAAGUGACUAUGCAUAGAUAAUAAACAGCGAGUAGCUGGGGAAGGGGGGGGGGGGGGGGGUCAAUGCAAAUAGUCUUGGUGGCCAUUUGAUUAAUUGUUCACCAGUCUUAUGGCUUGGGGGUAGAAGCUGUUAAGGAGCCUUUUGGACCUCUCUCUGCUACUGCUUGCCGUGCGGUAGCAGAGAGAACAGUCUAUGACUUGGGUGACUGGAGGCUUUGACUACCUGGUCAGUCUAUGUCAUGGAAAUGUUUUGUACACUCAGUGUAUAUUUGUAUUUGGCUGGUUUUCUGCAGUCAUUGUCGUGUCUACCAGGUCUGGUUUGCACACUUGACAAUCCUGUAGUUAAGUACAAGAAACCUACAUGGUCUUGUCAUAACACAUAUCCUAACAGUUUGUCAGCUAAUUACAUUUCUAUGACCUGUCCCCAGGUACCAUCGCUCCCCUGGUGAAAUCCCCGACGGUGAGCGCGGGCAGUACGUCCAGUAACGAGGGUCUGAAAAUGGUGACCAUCAUCUCGUGUGUGCUGGUGGGCAUCGUGCUGGUCUUCAUCCUGCUACUAGUGCUCAGGAGGAGGAGGAGGGAACAGAGACUGAAGAGGCUCAGAGGUGAGAGGUCACAGCAGCAACAUGUUACCACCUGAUUGGUUAGAUUCCAGUAAGAUUUCUGUAACUAUUGCCAAACUAUUUUCAAGUAUACUAUUGUAAUGUGAUUUUUGUUCUUGUUUGCUCUGUAGAUGCUAAAAGUUUAGCCGAGAUGCUGAUGAGGUAAGCAUGAGCAGUUUGACAUAUAACUUCAUAGAUAGUUACUAUUGUUUAAUGCAUUACUGGAAGAAGAAAACAUUCAAUACUGUGUCUAUGGAAUCAUAUCAGAAUCACCAUUAUCUGAAUAUAUUAUGCAGUGUGUAAUGAGAUCUGCAUUGACCUGUAUGGCGUUUCCUGUGUUCCCCAUGCAGUAAAAACACGCGACCUGCAGACACCAUCAACAAGCAGCAGCAGACCAUGAGAAUGCACAUCGACAUCCCCCGAGCCCAGCUGCUCAUAGAGGAGAGAGACACCAUGGAGACAGUCGGUGAGUGGACACUUUGAUAUAUUAUGCUGCUUUCACUGAAUUAUCGGAAACUUGGGACUUAAACUUCCGGAAAGCUACCAGACACGUCAUAACUCAUAAUGAGCUUCCAAUUAGGACAUACGAGUGGGAAAUUUGUGUAACAUUGGAUAACAAUGUGUGAAUAUCACAUAUUUGUGGCCUUCCAAGUGUUAGUAGUGCCUACUGUGGCUAUUGUCAUCGUACUGUAGAGACCAUGUUUGUGAAAUGUCUCUUUCUCUUUCAGAUGACAGGUCUACAGUGCUACUGACUGACAAUGACUUUGGGGAGACCCAGAAACAGAAGUCGUCUACGGUUACCCACACUGUCCACUACCAGUCCCUGUCCCAGGCCACCGGACCUCUAGUGGACGUAUCUGACGCUAGGCCAGGAACCAGUAAGUCCAGUACGAACAUCCUCUUUACUUUACUAGAGGCAAAACUAGAAUUAAUAAGUGGGAUCAGGAUUGCAUUCAUACAGCUGUAACUGAUACAGCUAGAAUGUAUUCUAGACAACCAGAUUGGCCUUAUUCAGCUCCAGUCUUCAGAGAGUUAUCAGUAGCAUUAUGAACACUGCCAUUACCAUCUCCACUGAUGUUAUUCACACUGAUGAACAAUUCCUUUCAGCACAAUGGCUAUUGCUGUUAUAUUAUUUACAAUUCUGAACAUGAAUGAUUAUAUACAGUGUCUUCAGAAAGUAUUCAUACCCAUCUACUCACAAUACCUCAUAAUGACAAAGUGAAAACAUGUUUUUCGAAAUUGUAGCAAAUGUAUUGAAAAUGAAAUGCAGAAAUAUCUCAUUUACGUAAGUAUUCACACCGCUGAGUCAAUACUUUGUAGAAGCACCUUUGGCAGCGAUUACAGCUGUGAGUCUUUCUGAGUAAGUCUCUAAGAGCUUUCCACACCUGGAUUGUACAACAUUUGCCCAUUAUUCUUUUCAAAAUUCUUCAAGCUCUGUCAAAUUGGUUGUUGAUCAUUGCUAGACAACCCAUUUAAGUCUUGCCAUAUAUUUUCAAGUAUGUUUAAGUCAAAACUGUAACUCGGUCACUCAGGAACAUUCACUGUCUUUUUGGUAAGCAACUCCAGUGUGGGUCCCCUGUAGCUCAGUUGGUAGAGCAUGGCGCUUGCAACGCCAGGGGGGCCGAUAUGAAAAAUGUAUGCACUCACUAACUGUAAGUCGCUCUGGAUAAGAGCGUCUGCUAAAUGACUAAAAUGUAAAAAGUAGAUCUGGCCUUGUGUUUUAGGUUAUUGUCCUGCUGAAAGAGAAUUUAUCUCCCAGUGUCUGGGGGAAAGCAGACUGAACCAGGUUUUCCUCUAGGAUUUUUCCUGUGCUUCAUGAUUUGCCUGUGCUUAACUCCCCAGUUCUUAAUGAUUACAAGCAUACCCAUAACAUGAUGCAGCCACCACAAUGCUUGAAAAUAUGGAGAGUGGAACUCAGGAAUGUGUUGUAUUAGAUUUUCCUAAAACAUAACACUUUGUAUACAUUUUUUCCCCCACAUUUUUUGGCAGUAUUACUUUAGUGCCUUCUUGCAAACAGGAUGCAUGUUUUGGAAUAUUUUAUUCUAUACAGGCUUCCUUCUUUUAAUUAGGUUAGUAUUGUGGAGUAACUACAAUGUUGUUGCUCCAUCCUCAGUUUUCCCUUAUCACAGCCAUUAAACUCUGUAACUGUUUUAAAAUCACCAUUGGCAUCAUGGUGAAAUCCCUGAGCAGUUUCCUUCCUCUCCGGCAACUGAGUUAGGAAGGAUGCAUGUAUCUUUGUAGUGACUAGGUGUAUUGAUACACCAUACAAAGUGUAAUUAAUAACUUUACCAUGCUCAAAGGGAUAUUCCCACGGGGGGCCAGUAUGAAAAUAAAAAAGAAUAAUGUAUGCAUUAACUGUAAGUCGCUCUGGAUAAGAGCGUCUGCUAAAUGACGUAAAUGUAAAUGUAAAAUAUUCAAUGUCAACUUUUUUUUUUUUUACCCAUCUACCUAUAGGUGCCCUUCUUUGCGAGGCAUUGGAAAACCUCCCUGGUCUUUGUGGUUGAAUCUGUGUUUGAAAUUCACUGCUUGACUGAGGGACAUUACAGAUAAUUGUAUGUGUGCAGUACAGAGUUGAGGUUGUUAUUCAAAAUUCAUGUUAAACGCUAGUAUUGCAUACAGAGUGAGUCCAUGCAACUUAUUAUGUAACUUGUUAAGCACAUUUUUACUUCUGAACUUAUUUAGGCUUGUUAUAACAAAGGGGUUGAAUACUUAUUGACUCAAGACAUUUCAGCUUUUAAGUUUUAAUUAAUUUGUAAACAUUUCGAAAAACAUAAUUCCACUUUCACAUUAUGGGGUAUUGUGUGUGGCCCAAUGACAAAAACAUCUAAAUGUAAUCCAUUUCGAAUUCAGGCAGUAGCACAACAAAAUGAGGAAAAAGCCAAGGGGUAUGAAUACUUUCUGAAGGCACUGUAUGUGUAUGGUUUCCAACCCAAUUUGCAGAGGACUACAGUCAACCCAAUCAAUCUCUUUGACCAUGAUGGUUUCCUCACUGCUAUUGUAAGUUCCAUUUAUUUGUGUGAAAACAAGAAAUCCCGAGAUGAACUCCAUGUGCAGAGAUAUUGUGAAGGUGGGGUUUUCUCAUUGUUGAUAUAUGUCAGGAUAGAGAGUGUCCAGCCUCAUUGCUAUAGCCAGCUACACACUUACAGUCACCUUUAAAAACACACAGUCAGCUUAAAAAACAGAGCAGUACUUGAGAUGAUCCCUUGCUAAGUGACAUAACACCCUGGUGUGUGACUGUGAUGUAACAUCCUGUAUCCUUCCUCCUCAGACCCCACAGCCCGCCGCACAGCCAAAGCAGGCCCUGCCGCACGCAACCGCUACGCUAGCCAGUGGACCCUGAACCGACCACACCCGCCAGUCUCGGCCCACACCCUGAGCACUGACUGGAGGCUGCCCACGCCACGGGUGGCUGGCUCUGUGGACAAGGAGAGUGACAGCUACAGUGUCAGCCCAUCUCAGGACACAGGUAACAACGCACCAGAAGACGAGACAAGUCUGUAACAACAGCUGUAACAGUCCCCAUAUGAGAAUGUCUGCAACAUCACCAUUAACCAUAUCUAUAACAAAACCUCUCACCUCUGUAAUAACAAUAGAUAGGCCUACUAUAAAAAUGUUAACAAUGCCAACACUUAAUAACAAGUCUAAUGCUAGCGUUAGCCCCUAACUGCUCUACUAGCACGGCCUCUAACCCUAACCACUGGUGUAGACCGAGCGCGGAGCAGCAUGGUGUCCACAGAGAGCGCGUCAUCCACCUAUGAGGAGCUGGCGCGGGCCUAUGAGCACGCCAAAAUGGAGGAACAGCUGCGCCACGCCAAGUUCACCAUCACAGAGUGCUUCAUCUCGGACACGUCGUCGGAGCAGAUGACGGCGGGCACCAACGACUACACAGACAGCCUGACGUCCAGCACGCCCUCCGAGUCAGGCAUCUGCAGGUUCACCGCCUCCCCGCCCAAGCCGCAGGACGUCAGCCGAGUCAUGAACAUGGCCGUGCCCAAGGCUCACAGACCGGGUGAGGCCGCGUAGACACAUAGCUAACUCUGCUGUAGCUAACUCUGAGUCCUGAGCUCUGUUACUAACCUGUGGCUAACCUUCCCUAGCCUUCAUCCUGCCUGUAAUGCUAUGGGUUGAGGUCCCCCCCCCAAGCCCUAACCCUAUUGCUAACCUUAACUUUCACUCUAAAACCUAACACAGACUCUUCAUAGAUAUACUGUGGGGUUAGUCUAUGCUCAACUAUAGCUGAAUCGAAUAACUCUGUGUCGUAACAUUUCAAGGUAUUUUGUUAUUUUUUAAUAUGGAAUAAAAAAUAAACCAACUCUGUAAUAGCCAUUUAAAACACAAAGCUGGUCAGUCAGACCAAACAAAUCGAUUCAGGGCCAUUUCCCUCUCUCUCAUAAAUGUCAGCCCAAUCAGAACAUAUCCCAGUGUUUGGGGUUUGUAAAUAUUUACUGCUGAUAUAUUAACUCAAAUGUUCUGAAGAUAAUGGCGUAGUAAUGCUCUACAACUACUUGAAGCAACAAAUGUGGAGUUUUGCAGACAGUUCUUUGCAUAAAUUAAAUAUGUUUUAAGGUUAAUGUAUUCAUUCAUUACUUAAGCUUAUUUUAUUGACUAUAGUGCGACAAAAUUCCAUUGCAGGAUGACCAAUCUUUAACAUUGAACCACUCAAAUCUGUAAUCUGCUAUGAGGUCACUUCAUCUUAUAAAUUCAGUCUAUUCUAGUUAAAGUCAUCAUCUCUAGUCAUUCUAUUUUUGGCUCAUUAUAGAGUAUAUUUUAUUAAACUCAGACUUUGUAGACUACUCAGAUAAAUGUGUAAUAAACUGCACUAGAGUCUUAAAUAUAUAACAUUACUUAUUUAGGUUAUAGAAAAGCCACAGUCUCCUUCUUCAUCCAUUACCCCAAUGCAUAUAAUGAGAUAUGGGGGGGCUUUAAACAACAUUGUAAAAUAUUGCCAUUCAUUUAAUGUUGGUCAAGGCCAAAGUCAGAUGAAGGACAUGACGAUAGAUUGCAGCAUGGCGGUAUGAAAAUAAUUAAUCACUGAAGUAUUCUUUGGCAUAUAACCUCAAUAACCAUGCAAAGUUGUAUACUUAAAUAGGCUAUCAGAAUCUAUAGAUGACUUUCACAUACUGUGUAAGCUAGUUUUGUUGGUUGGAGUGGCAGAUGUGAUGAGCUUGUAUCUGAGGAGUAAAGAAAGUUAUAUUUCCACCCAACCCUUCCCCCAGGGGCAGUAAUUUCUCUACUGAAGUAUUUUGAACUGAGAUUUUUCCAUAAUUUCACUGGCCAUAUUAUAUGUUUAAUUCAAUGGGGUUGUUUUCCAAAAACUAACUCCCCUCUCUCGCUCCUUUGUCCUGUAGGGGGCGAGCUUGUGCACCUGCCUCCUUACCUGCGCAUGGACUUCCUGCUGAACCGUGGCAUGUCGUGCUCAGGCACUGGAGGGAGGGGUGGUGCUGGGGGGGAAGGGGCCAUGGGUCAGGCCUGUCUGGAACCCCAGAAGAGUCGCUCCCUGAAGCGGCCGUCGCGUAUGGCGCCCCCUACACCCACAGAGGCCCCCCAGGCCACCAGCAGGGCCAGCAGCAGGGACACAGUGGCCCAGUGGCAGCCCGGCUCAGCCGCCACCCUGCCUCACAGAGAGGGCUCAGAGCUGGCCCAGGCCGCCAAGCUCAGCAUCUCCCAGGAGUCCCUACUGGACUCACGAGGACACCUCAAACAGACCAACAACCCCUACGCAAAGUCCUAUACGCUGGUAUAACACCAGGGGUAUGGGGCUGGACUAAAACUCACACUAACACUGGACUUAUUACACUUACAAGUGCAGUAAACUGGCUCACCACACAGUCCUGUAUAUAACGUCCCCUUUCUUCUUAAACGAGGGAUAACUUUUACUAAUCUCCUUUUAUUUAUUUUGGAGCUUUCUUUGUUUUUUAAACUUGUGAGAAAAUUCACUCAUCUGAAAUGACUCCACGCGGAGCUUGCCAAAAUAAUUACAUUAUGAGGGAACAUAAUUUAUUAUUUAUUAUUAUUUUUAAUUAUGAAUUAUUAAUCAGUGAUUAUUUGUUGUUAGUUGUCAACUAUUAAUGAUUAUUAAUUAUUGAUUACAAAUGAUUAAUUAUUACCAUUACUACACUGUUUUAAUAAGAACCUGGAUAAUUUUUUUCCGGAGUGUGAGACGAUAAUUUGGAGCCUGUAAUUUUUUUUCUUUGGAAAGUUCCUUUUAAACGCUGAAAUCUGGGAAUGAAAGUAAUCGACACCAGUCCAAACUUAUCAGCUGCUCUCAAAUUGUUACUUUUUUGAAGAAAAAAAAAAUCUAUUUCCUAUGGAUACAUGGGGACUGACCAAUUAAAGACUAUUAUAAGGAUUAUGAUCACGACUGGACAGCCCAGUUGAGCAUUUUGUCACACUAUGAAAUGAUUCAAUGUGAAGAUUUAUUAUUCUUAUUACUAUAAAUAUAUAUAUAAAAAGAUAAAUCACUUUUAUUUGUGGAUAUUACAGGGAAGAUUUGAUUUGGUUAAUAAAGUCCUUAGUCAUGUUUGCACAUAUCUCGUUUGGAUUAGGAAAUGGAGCCUCUGUUGAUCUUUCUCUGUAUUCCAUUCUCUGAUGGUGCAAUAUGAAAAAAGAUUAUGAAAAUUAUAUGGAUACUAUUUGCUCUAUACUGUACUAUAAUGAAAAUAAUUACUAUGUUGUGAGUAUACUUACAGGGCGGGACAAACCCCAGCUAUGUAUCAGGUGUAGUUUACCACUGCUAAUUUGCCAGGGUGGUAGAUGAAGUUAGCUAGAACAGGGAGUGUUAGAGAUAUAACGGUUUGCACGUCACGACACCCAAAAAGUGUGUCCAGACAGAGCCCCUAUUCUCAGUGCACUAGGUAGAGUCUUCAAGACUCUCACUCUCCUCUUCAGUAGAUUUACUGUUGCUGCAUUGCAGUGAUGCUCCUCUACAGGGAAAAAACAAUGAGACAAUCCAACAGAAUCCCCCCUUCAAACCAAACCUAAAGUCUAUGGGAAAUAACUAUCUAAAGUGUGGAUAUAACAAAACUGUCUUGUUGUCUACCCUGGCCCAUUUCUUUCUUUCUUUUUUUAAGUCCUGGAGGGAGAGUUUGAUAAGAAUGCUGUGAGGUCAUUAAUGCCAGUUUUUAUGAUUAGUUUUAAUUAAUUGUCUUCAUAUUCCUUUUAACAAAAUGUCGCUUUUUAUUUUUAACAUGGUGUUCACCAUGGUGGCACUGAAAUAAAGAGAAAUUAACACACCGUUCAAAUUUGAUUAAUAAAAAAGGCUGUUCCUCAAAUGAUCCUGCAAAUUUGGACAUGAAUGACUGGAGAUGGGUCUUUUUAGAGACACUGAUAGAGGAGGAUGCCUCCGAAGGUUGUCCUGUGUGGGUAGUGGGUCACUGGGGGAGUGAGUGAGUUGAGUGAAUGGGGUGGUAGUGGUGGAUUGUUGGGUAACUCAUCUUAAAGGGCAACUGAACGCAAAAACCAACUUCUCUGGUUGAAAACGGCCUAUGUGGCAUCGAUAUGUCAGAAACAUUUAUUCCAGUGUAAGUAGAAUUUCUUUGGUCAUAAAGUCAGUAUAUUCCAAAACAGAGUUUUGUGAGAUUUGUGUAAGUGAGGUUGUCAAGACUUACAUGAGGGUUGGGUUUGGAUUACAAUCAUGCCCACUAAAAUGGGAUUGUAUCGCCAAGGGAGAAUUGUCAUGCACUGAGAAAUGAAUGCGGUGAUUGCGCUCUAUCCAAUCGUAGCAGCGAACCUCCAGACAAUGAAACAGACCUGCCCAUUAAGCAACUCCUCGGACUCUGACUUGUUUAAAUAAAACAUCUUGUCGCUAAUGUUAUGUUGAAAGAACACUUGGCCCCUAAGCCCUUUAUGGGGUGGCCACUUGCUGAUGUGUUUGAUAGUGAUCACUCAAGUCUGCCACUGUUUUGGGCAAAAUGAGAAUUGAGACGAUGUGCACUUGCAUCCGGACUGCCUCUUGUCAAUAUUCCAAAAUUCAUAACCCUUUCGAGAGCGUCUUGUGUCCCACCGCGACUUGUUUUGACUAGAAUUUCAUGCAAAUUUUUUUACUUGAGAAAUACUGCACUAAACACCUUAGCUAGAUGUCAAAUUGUGCAACUAAGACCUCUGCAAAAAUGGGAAAAUUAAUUACAGAUUUCUUCACUUAUCUUAGAUUAAUUCGAAAACUAUUUUGAGGAAGUGGUAGUGGCUAUGUUGUUGCUAUUGUGCCUUAAGAGGGACAAACAACAGUAACUGCCUGGGUACGAUAAAUCAAACAUAACACACCCACACCGAACCAUACCCCCAAGACUCAAAUCUCGUUUAUCUUAUUUUAAAUAUAUACAGUACCAGUCAAAAGUUUGGACACACCUACUCAUUCUAGGGUUUUUCUUAAGUUUUACUAUUUUCUACAUUGUAGAAUAAUAGUGAAGGCAUCAAAACUAUGAAAUAACACAUAUGGAAUCAUGUAACCAAAAAAGUGUUAAUCAAAUCAAAAUAUUUUUUUAUAUUUGAGAUUCUUCAAAUAGCCAACCUUUGCCUUGAUGAAAGCAUUGCACACUCUUGGCAUUCUCUCAACCAGCUUCACCUGGAAUCCAACUGUCUUGAAGGAGUUCCCACAUAUGCUGAGCACUUGUUGGCUGCUUUUCCUUCACUCUGCCGUCCGACUCAUCCCAAACCAUCUCAAUUGGGUUGAGGUCGGGGGAUUGUGGAGGCCAGGUCAUCUGAUGCAGCACUCCAUCCCUCUACUUCUUGGUAGAAUAGCCCUUACACAGCCUGGAGGUGUGUUGGGUCAUUGUCCUGUUGAAAAACAAAUGAUAGUCCCACUAAGCCCAAACCAGAUGGGAUGGCGUAUCGCUGCAGAAUGUGCCUUGAAUUCUAAAUAAAUCACAGACAGUGUCACCAGCAAAGCACCCCCACACCAUAACACCUCCUCCUCCAUGCUUUACAGUGGGAACUACACAUGUGGAGAGGUAACUCUGGGUCUUAAAUUCCUGUGGCGGUCCUCAUGAGAGCCUGUUUCAUUAUAGCGCUUGAUGGUUUUUGAGACUGCACUUUCAAAGUUCUUGACAUUUUCCGGACUGACUGACAUCAUUUCUUAACGUAAUGAUGGACUGUCGUUUGUCUUUAUUAUUUGAGCUGUUCUUGCCAUAAUAUGGACAUGGUCUUUUACCAAUUAGGGCUAUCUUCUGUAUACCACCCCUACCUUGUCACAACACAACUGAUUUGGCUCAAACGUGGAAAGAAAUUCCACAAAUUAACUUUUAAGAAGGCACACCUGUUAAUUGAAAUGUGUUCCAGGUGACUACUUCAUGAAGCUGGUUGAGAGAAUGCCAAGAGUGUGCAAAGCUGUCAUCAAGGCAAAUGGUGGCUAUUUGAAGAAUAUCUUUUUUAUUCUCCACACCAGAUAAAAACAUACACACACAAACAACAAAUUACAGACACACACAAGCAACAACUAUCUCAUCUGCCCAGACCCGCAUGCUCACACCCCCAUCCCUAGUACCUGCAUUAUUGUUUGCCACAUGGCCUUAAAUUGUACCAAUUUGUUUUUCUUAGUCGCCCAUGCUAUUUCAAUAUUUCAAUAAUAAAUCAUUAGAUUUUCCCAUGGUGUUAAUGAGGGCGGAUUAAUUGAUUUCCACGUUUUUAAGUAUACGUUUUUUCAAGAUGAGCGAUGAGAAGAGAAUCAUCCAGCACAUUGAGUAUCUCUCACUACACCCCCAUAUGCCAUGUCUUGAAAUAUGUAGACAGAUGGAUUAAAAGUAAGUUUACAUUCUAAUACUUCUGACAGCCAACUUUCUAGCUCCGCCCAUAACUUUUGAACUUCAUAGCAUUCCCAGAAAGCAUGGAUUAUUGAGUCAUUGUUAGUUUUACACUUUAGACAUGACUCUGCCGUUGUGCUGUGGAAUUUGUGAAUUUUGUCUCUUGUAUAAUAAAUUGUAUACAUUAGUUUAUACUGGAUUAAGCGUACAUUUCUGACUAACUGUAAUUUCAUUAGUUAUGCUCCAACAUUCUCUCCAUCUUGUGCCAACAUCAGUUAUUUUUAAGUCUUGGUUCCAAUAGUUUAUCUCAUUUAUCUUAAUGAGCAGCAGAAAAACAUGUGAAUCGGUGAGUUCAGCCACUCUUUAAAUGAAUUUAAACAACAGUUAUUGAUGAUCAUCAUAUUCAUUACAGCACUCACAAUACUCAAAUUCUCCAAAUGAAAAUAUUGUUUGUACCAAUGACCUUGAAUGUUUUUUCAGAGCUAAAGAUAUUAAUGAGUGCUAGUUAAUAACUUUUGCACAACUCCUUUUCCUGCACCCGCCAGUCUCGGCCCACACCCUGAGCACUGACUGGAGGCUGCCCACGCCACGAGUGACAGCUACAGUGUCAGCCCAUCUCAGGACAAAGGUAACAACGCACCAGAAGACGAGACAAGUCUGUAACAACAGCUGUAACAGUCCGCAUAUAAGAAUGUCUGCAACAUCACCCUUUACCAUGUCUAUAACAAAACCUCUCACCUCUGUAAUAACAAUAGAUAGGCCUACUAUAAAACUUUUAACAAUGCCAACACUUAAUAACAAGUCUAAUGCUAGCGUUAGCCCCUAACUGCUCUACUAGCACGGCCUCUAACCCUAACCAUUGGUGUAGACCGAGCGCGGAGCAGCAUGGUGUCCACAGAGAGCGCGUCAUCCACCUAUGAGGAGCUGGCGCGGGCCUAUGAGCACGCCAAAAUGGAGGAGCAGCUGCGCCACGGCAAGUUCACCAUCACAGAGUGCUUCAACUCGGACACGUCGUCGGAGCAGAUGACGGCGGGCACCAACGACUACACAGACAGCCUGACGUCCAGCACGCCCUCUGAGUCAGGCAUCUGCAGGUUCACCGCCUCCCCGCCCAAGCCGCAGGACGUCAGCCAAGUCAUGAACAUGGCCGUGCGCAAGGCUCACAGACUGGGUGAGGCCGCGUAGACACAUAGCUAACAUUGCUGUAGCAAACUCUGAGUCCUGAGCUCUGUUAUUAAACAUUGUAAAAUAUUGCCAUUAAUUUAAUGUUGGUCAAGGCCAAAGUCAGAUGAAGGACAUGACGAUAGAUUGCAGCAUGGCGGUAUGAAAAUAAUUAAUCACUGAAGUAUUCUUUGGCAUAUAACCUCAAUAACCAUGCAAAGUUGUAUACUUAAACAGGCUAUCAGAAUCUAUAGAUUACUUUCACAUACUGUGUAAACUAGUUUUGUUGGUUGGAGUGGCAGAUGUGAUGAGCUUGUAUCUGAGGAGUAAAGAAAGUUAUAUUUCCACCCAACCCUUCCCCCAGUGGCAGUCAUUUCUCUACUGAAGUAUUUUGAACUGAGAUUUUUCCAUAAUUUCACUGGCCAUAUUAUAUGUUUAAUUCAAUGGGGUUGUUUUCCAAAAACUAACUCUCCUCUCUCUCUCCUUUGUCCUGAAGGGGGCGAGCUUGUGCACCUGCCUCCUUACAUGCGCAUGGACUUCCUGCUGAACCGUGGCAUGUCGUGCUCAGGAACUGGAGGGAGGGGUGGUGCUGGGGGGGAGGGGGCCAUGGGUCAGGCCUGUCUGGAACCCAAGAAGAGUCGCUCCCUGAAGCGGCCGUCGCGUAUGGCGCCCCCUACACCCACAGAGGCCCCCCAGGCCACCAGCAGGGCCAGCAGCAGGGACACAGUGGCCCAGUGGCAGCCCGGCUCAGCCGCCACCCUGCCCCACAGAGAGGGCUCAGAGCUGGCCCUACUGGAGUCCCUACUGGACUCACGAGGACACCUCAAACAGACCAACAACCCCUACGCAAAGUCCUAUACGCUGGUA